CAACUGAUCCUGGUGUGUCAACUGAUCCUGUUUGCCUGCUCCGGAAUUCAAUGGUGGACCUGUAUCAUGCGCAGCAAGCAAAAGGUUACUGUAAGAAUGAACAAUGAGGAACUCACUGGGCAUUGAAGAAUAUAUCCCGAUGCUGGUUUCAACAGUAACGCCUCUACUGUCUGGCACUUCACAGUAUUUCCACUGCCAUCGGUUGCUGUACACAUGUGUACUCCCGCAUCAAUCGACUGCAAUGUGGUCUUGGUGAUUGAUUGAGAUGAUGCUUCUUGCAAAACAGCUACUACAAAUCGAGGACCAUCGAUAACUGAACUAAUCCAAUGGGAUGGUGAGCACCACAGAUGAUUGUUUCGUUCCUGAGGGCCAACAGCGGCUGAACAAGUAUAGGAGUCACUGUCUGUGGAUUUCAGUGUGUUAAAUGUCACAGAUGUAUUGUACUUAAGGUGUACUCCCUCCAGUUCAGACACCAUGACCCUCCUCCCACUAUCAGUGAGGGACGAGUGGCCCCUCCAUUGAAAGUUGACUGCCACGUAAGAAUCCGCCUCUGGAAUGAGUUCUAUUACACAUGUCAGCACCAGAGAGUCAGUGGUAAACAGCUGCACAGAGUGUUCUGGAGCUCUCAGUAUCGUCACUGUCGGCUCAGAAGGCAAGAGUGUACAAGGAGGUGGUGGAGAUCAGACAGAACUCUGGCAGCUCAAGAGGAGGGAGACAGAGAAUUGUUCCUCCUCCUCCUCUGAGGGUGUCCUCCGUGGCGGCCGGUGCUCGCUGUGACCAGCAGCUGGUGUUGCGACACCAACGCCGCCAGCAGAACUGGAACCACAACGAGACUCAGAUCACCAAGUUUCGCAAGACUGUCUGGGGCGUGUUUGUCGUGACGCACGACUUUGACCCGCUCGACGAGAACGAGAUAGCCAUACGGAAGGGGGAGCACGUGUCGGUGUGGAACCAGGACGACAGGGACUGGUUCUGGGUUGUGAAACAUGCCAGCAGUGUCCAGGAGGAGGGGUUUGUUCCGUCCGGCUGUCUGAGAGAGGUGUCUGCUGACUCUAAAGUCUCUGUCAGAUCUGGUUCAGCUUGUCACACCCCCACUGCUGCCACCCCUGUUGGAGGGAAUUCCCCACGACUGGAUGACAUCACCCUCGACCCGAUACGCCACCGCACCCACUCCCAGGAAUCCCGUCACUCAAACUCCACCCACCAGUCCCGCCCGUCACAACCCCGCCCCUCUCCGGGAGUGACGAGUCGUCCCGGGAGCACACGUGAGCGGCGCAGCUCCGAGAGCGGACCCCAGGUGCACAGAGUUCACACUCGGGAACCUCCUCUGAGUCUCACCGACGAACCGCUCCCCCCUGGCCCUCCCUCUUCCCCUCCUCCACCGUACACAGAGUUUGACACCAACAGGAGGUUCGUGUCCCUGUCGCAGCAGCCGGCUGAAGUCCACCACCAUUCGCAGCCGGUCGGCGGGUAUCUUCCCGGCAUGCACCGCACCAGGAGCCAGGGCUACGUGACCUCCAGGAGCCGUGCCGUCCACUACCCAUCACCUAACUCUCCCUCUAGCCCUCGCGGAGUAGGUGGAGGAACACUGGUGUGAAAACCCCAAACCAUUGAUAUGGGACACAGAAAAACCACAACCCAAGAGUGCCUAAGUUUUACACGUGUGUAUGUGUGUUGCUGUUGUUGUGUUGUUCCUAUCACGGUUUCCCCCUCGUGCGUGUUUCACUUUGGCAGCUGCGUGCGUGCAGACAUGUGACUACCUGGAA